AUGCCCGCGACCGCGGGAAUUUCCGUACUCAUGCAGAUCUCUACUACUGACACCUCUUACUUGCGUAAGAAUGGCUAUUGCCACGCCCGGGCGUGUCAACAAGGAGCUAUUGCCACUCCCUGGGCGUAUCAACAAGGAGCUAUUGCCACUCCCUGGGCGUGUCAACAAGGAGCUAUUGCCACUCCCUGGGCGUGUCAACAAGGAGCUAUUGCCACUCCCUGGGCGUGUCAACAAGGAGCUAUUGCCACUCGCUGGGCGUGUCAACAAGGAGCUAUUGCCACUCCCUGGGCGUAUCAACAAGGAGCUAUUGCCACUCGCUGGGCGUGUCAACAAGGAGCUAUUGCCACGCCCGGGCGUGUCAACAAGAAGCUAUUGUCACUCCCUUGCCGUGUCUAUGAAGACAUAGUGCCUCGUUUCUCACACUAA